AUGGAGUCUGGACCAGCUGAGCAAGAUUUUGACGAUGAGAUUUCGCUCGCAUCUACUGAUGACGGGGAUGGUGACGAGCUGUUCGUCGCCCAAAUCCUGGCGGAAAGGCACGUUAACGGAGAGCCCCACUGUCUGAUCCGAUGGCAAGACCUCCCAAUAGCAGAGGCAACAUGGGAGCCCAGAGAGAACCUACCAGAUGAACUCAUGGAGACAUGGGAGCAGACAAAGGCAGACCAAGAAAAUGGAUUGGCUCCAAAGUUCAGGGUCCAGGAGUGGAAAGAUGCAGCCACCAAGAGCUACGAGUUAAAGCUUGCCCGGCACCAUCGUCGCAACGCCGUGCGAGCAAGACGCGGCCACCCCCAGACGACAUUGUCAACACUUUAUGAGUUUAUGCAACAGAUCAGCAUGUAUCCGAAUGAAGAAGAAGAGGAAGAGGAAGAGGAAGAAGCUGAUCGGGUUGGUCCAAGCCACGCGGAAAUGUGGUUGGAGCAAAACCUGUUAGACAACCCGGCAUCUGGUCAUGCAAAUCCAUCUAUGAUAAUAUCAGAAGCUUCAGCGAUAUUGGUAGAAGACUCUCCUUCCCCCCAAGAAAUUAUCCGAGAGGGGCUUUUCGGAACACCUGAUGAAACCAGUCCUGUCAACCCGCCAGAGAAAGUAGCUGUGGAUCAUCCCGCCAAGUUGAAGUCAGCAUUGAAGAGUGCCGAAACCACGACGCGAGCUUCCGUAAGCUUCAUUCUUCCACCUUCAGACACUUCCCAUGAGGUGCUAAAAAGGCCCUCUCUCUCUCAUCGGGCGAUUGCAGCAAGGUCACGGCCAACAGGGCACACAACAAACGUCUUCGCAGGCGGUCGCACUCGCAAGGGGAGAGGAACGCUGAGUGAAGUAGCAGCAAACCCAGAAGUCAACCCUAAAUUCUUAAACUCGCGACUCAAAAGGAAGAUAGAGUUACAGCGUCGAGAUAGAGAAGGAAUCAAAGAACCAGCUCGUCGGCCAUCCGGACUGAUCUCUCUUGAUUAUAACAAUCCACAAGAUACGCCAAGUGAGCAACAAUCAGCCGAUAAUUCCAAAGAUGAUCAAGUCCACGGGAAACGCAGAUCUCCUACAAAGGGUGUUGCUCAUUGGGAAGAUGAACCGAUGGAAAUAGACCCAGGCGAUAGCCUUUUUGUAUCUGAUCAGACUCCUUCACCAGCCCCACAUGAUUCAGACGACGAAAUGACCCAGCCCGACACUGAAGAGCAGCCAGCAAGUCAAACAGUAUGCAAAACCGUGCAACUGGGUCCUGACAGACAAAGUGUUGUUACUCUCUCGUUUUACGGGAUACCUCAGGAAACUGGCCUUGCUUGGACAGAGCAGUUUCGUUCAAAUGAGCGACUCGUCUUCACACAUACUUGCAAUUCUCAGGACUUCUUAUGCCAGACAGGCGCAAAUGGCAGCCUAUCAAUUGUACGACUUUGCGAAGGCACCGUCCUGUCAUAUACAGAGAAUGAAUCCCUCAAAAGCGUGGCGAGUAACCUAAAACUAGGGUCUCUGGGAUUGCUCUGUCCUGGCGAAAACUUCUGCGUGUAUAUGUUCUUCCCUGACAAGCUUGAGGGUCAACUGAUCCAAGACUGUGAUACUAUAACCCUCGAAUACCAUAUUUUCAAGCAAGUUGGGUCCCUGGCUCCAUUAAUGCUGGGUCCCGCUCCGCAACUGAUAGUCUCAGACAAGAGCGACAAAACUUCACCGUUUUGGUCAAGACCUUUGGAUCAAAUUUUUGGCCACAAAUAUGAACAAUUACUUCCUAUUCACGCAAGCAAUGCUGAGAAGCACAAUUUUUUCUUAGCCUUUCCUACUCGCGCGGAACAGGAAGCUCUCCUUUUGACCCUAUGGCUGCGAGAUAACCAGAGCGAUUGUGAUAUUCGAGCCAGUUACGCAGGAGGUCCCUGGUCAAGCUUCUUAAAAUUAGCCCACGGGGUCGUCAUUAUUCACGAAGACGUACUCUGGACAAUACGAAAAAUCCCCAAAUUGCACGAACUUUUACAUGGUCGCAGAACGCACUUUACGUUUUGGAUGUUCAGUCGCUCUACUCUACCCCUUCACUCACUUGGCUCUGGGGGCUCGCCAGCUCCCCCUCUAGGCGACAUCCGUCUUUACCGUGUGUUCGAUCCGGGAGCAGCCUUCUUAGUUACGCCCAGCUUCUUGGUCUCUGAGCCAGAGCAUGCGUAUUCGUUUUUGAAGUGGUUCUGGAACAAUUAUGUCAAAACUUUCGACGUGAGCCGACCCAGGAAGUUGGUUCUAUGCGCAAAGGUGGACGAAUGGAUGAACAACUUAUACCUGGAGCAGAUUACGACGAGACGCAAACAUCCGGCUUCUGCUUCAGAGGAAGAACUCAAUGCCAAGGGUAUAUCCGAUAAGGCAAUAGAGUGUCGAUGGAAGACUUUCAAGCUGUUCCAGCAGCUUCUUGCAGACGCUCCUGACGAGGGUGCUGGGAGCAUUGUCCUUGCUCCCGAAGCAAUAGACGGGAACGAUGAACAGAGUUUGGUCAAUUGGUUCGGCGAGUGGUCUACUUUAAAUAUAGAUCAGUACCGGAGAUAUACUGUCAUAGGCUGUGGCUGGCAAAGCGAAGAACGGCUCUCGAGAACUCUUCGGGCACCAAAAUACGAAGAAAACGUCAUAAACGAUCCAGACGAGGCACUUGCGGGUGCUCCGAGUCAACUUGAACCAUCGUCGCCUCCUCCUUCUGCGCCGCGAGCAUUUAGAGAAGACGAAAGCUUAUCAAUAAAGGAGCGGCUGUUUGAAAUGUCCGAGGAGGCCAAACGGGACUUUACUCCUGUGAAAACGUACCUGUACCCCGUGGCAUACUCAACUUCAGAUGUUGCUUUCCGGCUCGGAGACAUCACAUCAAAAUACUAUACAUAUGAACAAUGGUUUAAUUUUUUCUGGAAAGUAUUUGAUCCGACUCGCAGGCUACCGCAAAAUUCGUACGCCGGGCUGUUUUACACAUUUGAUGAGCAGCAAGCUUCGUCUCGUGCAUUUCGCAACGUCCAACGUUCCCCAUGGGUGGCUCUAUUUCGUCCAGUAAACCCACAUAUACGACCGUGGAGGAGUUUAGAGCUAUUCAUAUGGGAUGUUAGUUAUUCAGAAAGCAUCAGAAGAGGCAGGGCGUUUUGUUAUUCGGAUCUCCUUGAAGGUCAGCAGCGCUUGAUAGGCUACCUACAAGAAAAAACCCGAGAUAAACUCCCUCUCGAAAAGGUUUGGGUCGGCGCUUUCGGAGCCAAGCCUGGCAGUGCCCCUGCUCUGGAUAUCACAAUCCAAUGGCUCGGUGGCCUGUCGAUGAAGGUUAAAGACUGGAUACCUGCACCAGCCAAAGAUAUUGCCGGUAGGGGAUGGAAUCUUGUCACUGCGGAGAGGUCAUCAGGAGAUCAGGAGGGCAACGGCAUUCCUGCUCGUGGCGAAGACGAUAUGAGGGGACAUUCGCCGCCGGAAGAAGACGCAUCGCCCCGAAAGAGAAUUUUUCAUCCACCACAGGGGCAUGGCCAAUACAAAUAUACUAAAUGCAGAAAUCGGCUGUACCAGUGGGCCCGACAAUUCGAUCCCAAGAUGGAACGGAAGAGUUUCGAGUAUGUCUUCAGGCCAACAAUAGACUGGUAUAGCGAGCAGUGUGAAGAAGGGCGGGGGUUUGAACAUAUCAAGGUCUUGCCGUGGAAAGAUAUAUUUCAAGUGUACAAAAUCGAGGAGUUUUUGCAAAAACGAGGCUGA